GUUUUGUUCAGCAAGGUUUAUUCAGCAGUCAACAAACAGUAUUUAAAAAAAUGCCUUCUUUCAAAUGGUCAAUUCGAGUAAAUGAGGACAAAGCGUACGUGUUUGUCAACGGUAUUCGGCCAUCCAAAAAUAGUGUAGAAUAUUCGCAUGUUCUGCGCGCUGAAGUGGGAAAAUUUAAGAAUCGCGUGGCUGUAAAGUUGAUUUUCGUUCGAGGGGCAGAUGGCAAAAGAGAACACUGUUUCUUCUCCACAGGGAAAUAUGACUGGUCAGCAAGCAAUGGGCUUUUCCGCGAAAUUGUUGCGACUGAAAAUGAGCAACAAUGGGCUGCAAAAUGCAAUGAAGCCAUUGAAAAGUUAGAAAAGCAAGAUUGCGCUAAUGAUGGUCAAGAUCAACAAAAUCAAGGUGGAUCCAAGGAUUCCGAGCCUGUUUUAAUCACUAAUGAAGAUGAAGCUAUAAAUUUAAAAAGGGGAUCUUCAUCUCUUGUGGAACAGCUGAGUACUCCUCUAACCAAGAAAAAGUGUCAAGAUGAAGAGGCCAAAGAAUUACAAUACCAAACAAGAGCAAAAGAAUGCGAAGUUGAUGAGCAAUUCUAUGUUCCGGUUGGCAAUAUUGAACUACCUCCAGCAGACAGAAUGAUCAGGAAAGUGGAUGAAAUAUUUUUGGCCCAAUUAAAGGAAAUAUGGAAAGUAACCCCAAUGGCUCAUAUGAACCUCUUUACUUGUUGGUAA